CUCUCGUCUUCCUCCGUCCCCGUUCGGACUCUAUUGGAUUGCUCUUCUAUCAGUUCUCCGGACUGUACGAUGAAAACCAGACCUCUCGUCAUCUUGCGCACCUGCUGCUCUCUGUUCUUUCUUCUGUCCGAUCCAGGGGUUUGUGGCUCUGAGGCCGAGCACAAGCUCUUCUCGGUCAUCUUCUCCAGUUAUAACCAGUACAUCCGACCGGUGGAGAACGUGUCCGACCCCGUCAUCGUCCAGUUUGAAGUGUCCAUGUCACAGCUGGUCAAAGUGGAUGAGGUGAACCAGAUUAUGGAGACCAACCUCUGGCUGCGACAUAUUUGGAAUGAUUAUAAGCUCAGGUGGGAUCCCAAGGAUUUUGGAGGUGUUGAGUUCAUCCGUGUGCCUUCCAAGAAGAUUUGGAAACCAGACAUUGUGUUGUACAACAAUGCAGUCGGAGAUUUCCAGGUGGAUGACAAAACGAAAGCCCUUCUACGCUAUAACGGAGACGUCACCUGGAUCCCUCCGGCCAUCUUCAAGAGCUCCUGCAAGAUCGACGUCACCUUCUUCCCGUUCGACUAUCAGAACUGCACCAUGAAGUUCGGCUCGUGGACCUACGACAAAGCCAAGAUCGACCUGGUGCUGAUCGGCUCCACCAUCAACCUGAAGGAUUUCUGGGAAAGCGGCGAGUGGAGCAUCAUCGACGCUCCCGGAUACAAGCACGACAUCAAGUACAACUGCUGCGAGGAGAUCUACACGGACAUCACGUACUCGAUCUACAUCCGCCGGCUGCCGCUCUUCUACACCAUCAACAUGAUCAUUCCCUGUCUGCUCAUCUCCUUCCUGACCGUUCUGGUGUUUUAUCUCCCGUCCGACUCUGGAGAGAAGGUGACCUUGUGCAUUUCCGUUCUCCUCUCGCUCACGGUGUUCCUCCUGGUCAUCACCGAAACCAUCCCGUCCACGUCUCUCGUCAUCCCUCUGAUCGGAGAGUACCUGCUUUUCACCAUGAUAUUUGUGACUCUGUCCAUCGUGAUCACUGUGUUUGUGCUCAAUGUGCAUUACCGCACGCCUAAGACACACACCAUGCCCGGCUGGGUGCGGCACGUCUUCCUCAGUCUGCUCCCUCGGGUCAUGUUCAUGAAGCGGCCUGAGAAAGACCCGGAGAGGAAGACCAGGUCCUGCGCUCUUCACGCUCCAGGUCUGGUUUCCACGAAUCUGUCGCGCCGGGCUCCUCUGCUCCUGUGCACCACUGAGCUCAACAAACUGAGCGAGGCGUCCAAAACGGCAUCCAAGACGGCGCCCAGCUUUCUGUGUCGAGACAGCCGAUGUACGUGCUGCUGGAAGCAAUACGGCACCUACGUCUCCAGCGAAGGAGCAGAGGACGGAGGAGGAGGGAGUCCGUGCUCCAGCUCUGAGUCUCUGGACGCAGGCGUUCUGUGCAUGUCUCCACAGGUCAGAGACGCCAUAGAGAGCGUCAAGUACAUCGCUGAGAACAUGAGGCUACAGAACGAGGCCAAGGAGGUCCAGGACGACUGGAAGUAUGUGGCGAUGGUGAUUGACAGGAUCUUUCUGUGGGUGUUUGUCCUCGUGUGUAUUCUGGGUACGGCUGGACUCUUCCUGCAGCCGCUGCUGAUGGCCGAGGACAUGUGAUGCCUUCACAAGCACAGACUUUACAUUUGAACAUUUUCAUAGUCAGAACCUAAUUUUCAGCAACCUUAACUCAGCAUUUUGACGGGGUUUUUUUUAGGUUUUUUUUUUAUUAUUAUGUUUCAUUUUAGAGCAGAAUUAAAAGACAUCGGUUUACAGGUUGGUUGACUCUGGGACUUUUAAGAGAUCAAAUGGAGCAACUUAAAUGAGGAUCAUUGUCGACUUUCAAGAAGAUUGCUAAGUACCCACCCGACGCUUACUGUCCUCCUCUGUCAAUUCCUAUUUCCAUCAAAGUCAUGCAACCCGGCUGUAUUAUAUAAGGCUAAAAAACAUUUGGGCGAUGACUGGAUGGAAUAUUUGGCCUGUUGUCUUAAAGGAACAGUUCACCAAAAAAAAGGACAUUUAUUCACCCUUGAGUUGUUUUUUUGUUUUUUUUUUUAAGAACGAUCACACAGGUUUUUUCUGUGUUUUACAGUUCACAGUAAGCUCCAAAAUUACCAAAAAGGUACCAUAAAAUUAGUCUGUACAAACUUGUGUGCUUUUUUUUUUUAUCUGAUGGUAAACAGGCUCAAAUUACAGUUGCUCUUUGCUAAUCUUGCCCUCUAGUCAGCUGUGUAACUCAUGAAUGAAUCGGUUCAGUUCAUGAAAGAAUUGCAUGGUCCAUUCAAGUCCUUGUAAUGAAAAGAGUUGCAUGAAGAUUCUUCAAAAGUUCUACUUUUGUGUUCCAGGAAAAUAAUAUCAGCAUGCAGGUUCAGAAUGACAUGAGGGUGAGCAAACGAUGAUGGAGUCUUGAUUUUAGAAUGGAUUAUCCCUUCAAAUCUGACUGUCUGUAAACUCACACAUUCCUUCACGAGAUAUGGCUGCUGUUUAUUGUCACAUAUGAUAAUUUUUUUACAUAAAAAAAAAAAAAUCUAUCAAAAAACACUUGUCAGGCAUCUUUUUAAAAAUAUCACUUGGGCAAAGUCACAAUCUCCUUGUGUGAGUGUUGUAUACGUUCAUGUAAAAAGCACCACCUAGUGGAUACUUUGAGCAAGUCCCUGGUAAAAAGACUGGAUGACUCUCUGUAGUUCAGUAAUUUGUCUCUAAAACAGUCAAAAUACUUUUUUCAAACAUGUAAUGGGUGUCCGCUCUCUGUACAUGUUCAGAUGUUCUAAAUAUAUGAUGUAAAACCUUGGUGCACAUUUUCAGCUUUCUGAGGAAUCAUGCGAAUAAAGAAAGACUGAGAACUAUGAA